AUGGUUAAGGACUGCAUAGAUGAUUUGUUGCCAGCUAUCUCUAAUAUGGUAAACUCUUCCCUUGUGGACGUUUAUUUCCCCGACAUUUGGAAAGAAGCAUUAGUGAAACCUAAGCUUAAAAAAUCGAACAUGGACUUGAUAGAAAAGAACUAUCGUCCUGUGAGCAACCUUGUGUUUCUAUCUAAGGUGACUGAAAGAAUUGCUGCUAAGCAAAUGUGCGGUCACCUAUCCAUCAAUAAUUUGUUUCCUGAAUUUCAGUCAGCUUAUCGUAACUUUCACAGCACUGAAACAGCAUUGCUGCGUACGCGCAAUGACAUUCUCAUAAACAUGAAUAAACAACAUGUCACUCUGUUGGUGUUCCUAGACCUCAGCGCUGCAUUUUAUACAGUGGACCAUGACAUGCAUAUUGUUGCGGUGUCUUAA